UGUUAUGAUAGCCAGACAUCUGACAGUGACACUAAACAGUUUCAAUGUAAAAUGCAGAAUGUUCAAAUUCAAUAAUUGAUACAUCAUUUAAAAAAUGCUGCAUAGAACAUAAUAAUUCAAAUAUAUAUCUUCAACUGAAAAUUGAUGUAGAGCAUUGUAAUUUCUGCACAAAUUCUUCCGAAACACUAAUAGAUCAUGGAGCUUUCAUCUCAUAGUCUUAUCUUGAAUGAAGAGGAUUUAGUUCAAAUACCACAAGCAAAAAAACCUGUGUUUAUAUUCGAAUGGCUACGUUUCCUCGAUAAAGUACUUGUGGCAGCUCAGAAGAAUGAUAUUAAGGGUUGUCAGAAAAAACUAGUAGAGCAAUUAGUAGCUCUAGUCAACGAUUCUCCUGGACCUUCUACAAGAAAACUCAUUGCAAGAAAUCUUGCUACGUUGUUUUCUGUAGGAGAUACAUUUUUAUUAUUUGACACCGUUAACAAAUGUAAUGACAUACUGAAGAAUAAAGAUGAUUCUCCUAGUUUUUUAUCUACUAAACUAGCUGCUAUAUGUUGCGUUGGAACAAUGUACGAAAAAUUAGGGAGGAUGAUGGGGAGGUCUUAUGAGGAAACCGUACAGAUUCUUGUUAGAUCUUUGAAAAGUGCAGAAUCUCAAACAAGAAUUGAAAUAAUGCUUACGUUGGAAAAGGUUUGUGCUGGAAUGGGGAGUGCUAUAUCUAAUGUUCACAAAGAGAUAUACAAGGCAUCGAAACAUUGUCUUGUCGACAGAGUAAUGGCUGUUCGCUGUGCCGCAACAAGAUGCCUAUUAGAAAUGUUGAACCAUGCCCCAUUUCUAUAUACCACUGAAUUAGAAAGCAUGGCAACACUUUGUUUUAGAGCUUUUGAUGGCUCUAAUUAUGAAGUUAGGUGUGCUGUUGCUAAACUUUUGGGCACGCUUGUUGCCAUGACUCAGAAUCAAAAGCCUGAAAAGCAAUUACAACAAACAAAAGCUGGCAAGUUAGUCUCAUUAGAUGAAGCACUAGGAAUUUUGAUGUCAGGAUUUUUACGAGGGGGAGCUGGUUUCUUGAAAGGUACUGGGGAAAUAAUCAAAGGAAGUUCUGGAGUAAAUCGUGAAGUUAGAGUUGGAGUUACCCAUGCCUAUGUUACUUUUGUUCAGAUCUUGGGGAGUGUUUGGUUAGAACAAAAUAUGAAGUCCUUUCUGAACCACAUUCUUUACUUAGUUGCCAAUCCUAAAGCUGCUUCUUCACAUGUAGAUGCUGUGUACUCAAGAAAAUGCAUUAAUUUCAUUUUACGUUGUGUUUUUGGCAAGAUGUUGGGGGAAAAAGCUCAAGCAUCAGCUUGUAAAGAAAUAGCUCAAACAGUUGUGAAAGAAAUGAAUUCUAUUGACUUCAAUCCAGAAAAUGCAAAAGAAUUCAAUCAAGAGACUUUAUUCAGUCAGCAUUUGCUAGUAUGUGGUCUCCAAGAAAUUGGAAGCCUGGUUUUAAAUCUUGGAACCACAGCUUACGAUUUAAUAACUGAUCAGCAUCUCAAUUUAAUUGAUGCUACCAUAAGUGUCUUGAUCCAUCCGUGCCAAGCUGCAAGGUUAGCUGCUGCGUGGUGUUUGAGAUGCAUCUGUAUAGCAGUUCCAAGUCAAAUAACACCUUUGAUAGAUCGAUGUGUGACAGGAAUUGAAGAAUAUCGCACUAGUCCUGAAGCAAUCUCUGGUUAUAGUGGAGCGUUAGCGGCAGUAUUGGGUGGAGUGAAUUUAUCUCCUCUAGGUGUGCCUCAUAAUAAGGGAAAAAUUAUUUUCAAUACAGCUGAAGAGUUACUUCGAAGCGCUAGUCAAAAUAGCAGAUUGUCCUUGAAUAGAACUCAUGCAGGGUGGUUACUUAUUGGUGCUAUAAUGACUUUAGGUGUCCCCGUAGUAAGAGGUUUACUGCCAAGGAUGCUUCUCCUCUGGAGAAAUUCUUUCCCCAGAUCAAACAAGGAGCUUGAUUCUGAAAAAGCUAGGGGAGAUGCGUUUACUUGGCAAGUUACUUUAGAAGGGCGGGCUGGGGCACUUACAGCAAUGCAUAGUUUUCUACAGCAUUGCCCUGAGUUAGUAAAUGAAGAUAUCACAAGAAGACUGCUCAACCCAAUUGAAUCAGCUUUGGCUAUGCUUACAAACAUAUCUGGCAUACUUAAGUCUUAUGGGCAGCAAUUGAAAGCUCCAUCUGCAAUGGUGAGGCUACGGCUUUAUGAGACUCUCAUUCUUCUUCCCCCACAGUCCUUUGAGAACUCGUAUACACAUCUGUUGAGAAUGCUGGUUGGAGAAUUCACUCUUGCUGAAAAUCCUGCUAAUACUACAACAUCUCAACUUCGACAAAUUUGUCAUGCAAAUGAUUCAGUGAUACUUGGUACCUGGCUCCAGGAAACAGAUCACAGGACUAUCGAAGAUCAGAUGGAACCAAACCGCAGAGGAGAUGGUGAACAUCUUCAGCCAAAUAGCGCAGCAGGCUCAGGUGCACUGGAACACGAUCCUUGCUGUCUGUAUCGACAAAUCUCUCAGCAUGAAAACAUUCCUGGUCCUCUACCGUUAGGUGUAGCUGUUAUUGAUAUGUCUGUGCUCUUAUUUGGUCAGAUAUUCCCUAGAGUUGCCAAUAAGCAUCGACUGCAAAUGGUUGAUCAUUUCACUGAAUGUAUAAAACACGCAAAGAGUACUAGACAGGAAGCUGUUCAAAUGAACGUUUUCACCGCACUUCUUAGUGGCCUGAAAGGACUUUCUGAGACUAAAGCAAAUGUUGGUUUGGACGACGUAAAAAAAUCGAUCACAACACUUAUAAUGAGCGCACUAACUUCAUCAAAUCCUAUUCUCAGAUGUGCUGCUGGGGAAGCCAUAGGGCGCAUGGCUCAAGUAGUUUCUGAUCAUAAAUUUACCGCUGAACUUGCACAAACGAGUUUCGAUAGGUUGAAGUCAGCUAGAGAUGUUGCAAGCCGAACGGGACAUUCCUUGGCACUUGGCUGUCUCCACAGAUAUGUUGGUGGCAUGGGUUCUAGUCAACAUCUUAAUACAAGUGUAUCUAUACUCCUUGCGUUAGCUCAAGAUCAAACUUCUCCUGUUGUCCAAGUUUGGUCGUUACAUGCACUGGCUCUCAUAGCAGAUUCUGGAGGUCCUAUGUUCAGAGGUUACGUUGAGCCAACCCUUUCGUUGGCUUUGAAAUUGUUACUCAAUGUUCCACAGUCAUACAUAGAUGUUCAUCAAUGUAUUGGAAAAGUGCUAUCUGCACUCAUUACCACUAUAGGCCCAGAACUUCAAGGAAAUACUGCCAACAUUUCUACAGCAAGAUCUUCCUUCUUGUGCGCCUGUGCUAUAAUGCAAGAUCAUAAAGAUCCUUUGGUACAAGCAGAAGCUACAGGCUGUUUACAACAGUUACAUCUUUUUGCCCCGAAGCAUGUCAAUUUAUCUACGCUGGUACCUACACUUUGCAGAACAUUAUCAAGCAAUCAUCUUCUUUUGAGAAAAGCAGCUAUAUCCUGUUUGCGUCAACUAGCACAACGCGAAGCCAAGGAAGUUUGCGAACAUGCCAUGACAUUAGCAAAUGAAAGUCGAGAAAAUAAUACAGUUGAAGGACUUCUCAUCACUGAGACUGGUCUGCCUGGGGUGUUCUUCAGUAUGCUUGACACCGAAACUGAUCCUGCUUUAAUCAAAGAUAUCCAUGAUACACUUCUGAGUAUGCUACAGAUGCUUGCUGCUGACAAUUUAUCUCAAUGGCUUGGUCUAUGCAAAGAUGUCUUGACUGUUGCAACAGAUAACAAUGAUGAUAUAAUGACUGCAGUGGAUAACGAAAACGACAAUAAUGAGGCAGAAGUUGAAGAUGACGAUGAUGAUCAAGCAGAAUUCCAUGCGCAAACUGACUCUUCAACUCAUCCAGCAGUGCAGCCUCGGUGGCCUACAAGAGUCUUCGCAGCUGAAUGUGUUCGCAAAAUUAUUGCUGCAUGUGAAGCCAGAAACAAAUCACCUCAUUUUGAUCUCAUUCAGGCUAAGGAAUUGCAAACAAAAGGAAGGAGCAACUUCCUAGUACUUCAUUUAUCAGACCUAAUUCGAAUGGCCUUCAUUGCUGCGACAAGCGAUUCUGAUCCAUUACGUUUGGAAGGUUUGAAAACACUGAAGGAAAUAAUAGAAAAAUUCGCUAAAGUUCCAGAACCUGAAUUUCCUGGUCAUUUACUUCUGGAGCAAUUCCAGGCUCAAGUAGGAGCUGCUCUAAGACCCGCUUUUGCUCCCGAUACUUCAUCUCAUGUAACUGCAGCAGCAUGUCAGGUCUGUUCUACAUGGAUCGGAUCCAACGUAGCUAGAGACCUGUACGAUCUAAGAAGAGUACAUCAUUUGUUGGUCCAGUCUCUGGGAAAACUGGAAAUGAAAACAAAUACCACACAACUGUACAAUGAGAGUUUGGCCACUCUAGAGAAACUAGCAAUUCUGAAAGCCUGGGCUGAAGUUUACAUUGUAGCAAUGAAAGGUAAUGGCGAUCCAAUUCUUGACCUUAGUAUCACAAAUACUUCAACUACUUCCAAUGAUGACGAGUUUGGUGAUUACGAACACAAGAGCGAGAGUUUGCUUACUUUGGUUCAACCUGAAUUAGUUGGUUUAUCACAACAUUGGCUUGCUGCUUUGAGAGAUCAUGCCCUUCUCUCUUUGCCUUCUGAAUUUGCUAGUCAAUUACCGCAUGACGGAGGCGCUUUUUAUACCAAUGACACAAUGGAAUCUUCCAGACCAUACUAUGUAGCCUCCUGGCCUCCAAUACUCCAUGCAGCAGCUCUGUGGUUGAAUUCUAGUUCUUUCCAAAGCAAUCAAUCCCAGCCUAUCAAUAAUGACAAUGCUUUGAAUAACAACCCCACUGAAAGUAAUACAAAUACAGAUAAAUUCCAUCUACUUUUUGGUAUUUGCAUGGAGGCCCUGUGCAGUCCACGAUCUGUUGAACCUAUUGAAAGUAUCAUAACUUGCCUUCAAGCACUACAUACGCUUCUGGAUUCCACUCUAACAAAGGAGUUAUUAAUGGUAGAUAAAACUUUGUGUAUUGAGUUGUGUAAUGUUCUACAUAGGUUAAUCUUAACCAGAGAUAAUCAUACUUGUCAAUUGCUAUGUAUGAAAGUACUGAAACAAGUCGUAAAAGCUGCACAGAUGAAUCUAGAAGUCAUGAAGAAAAUGAAAGCUGAGUCAGGUGAACUAGACAAUGAAGAAAUGCUGAAUCUUGAUCUUCUAGGAGAAGGUGGAGAAUGUGGUGAAAUACCUCCUGGAAAGUCAUUAGUUUUUAGUGUACUAGAAGUAUGUUUGUGCCUCCUUGUUCGGCAACUACCAGCCCUUAGUCCUUCACCAAAUUCAACAAUUGUGAAUUCACUGAGAAUAACACAAACAUUAGAUGAAUCAGGAAAAUUAAUAGCAUCUGCUUUAUCUUGUAUGGAAAAUCUUCAUACUUUGUGCUCACCACAAGGAGCAGUAGCCAUCCUUCCAACAAUUUUAUACCUCACUACAGGAGUUAUCAAAGAAUUGGCUACUAAAAACGUGAAUGAUAAUGCUAUUAUGGCUAAUAAUCCUUCAGUGCAAGCGGCUCUCCACUGUCUGAAAGUCAUAACUGUGGAUCGGUAUUGUAGUGAUCCAAGAAGUUGUGAUAACUGGCAGAAACUGCUUCAGAGUGCUUUAGCUAAAGUUAUUGAUUUAGCCAAAACUGGAGAUGAUCAAACUAAAUUAGACGAAGUAACAAUGAUGCUUUCUAUAGGGGUAUUUGUAUUACAUGCACCUUCUGAAGUCAUAUCUGCGCCAAACCUUCAAUAUCCGUGCAUAAAUCAUUUCAGGCAGUGCUUACAAAGUCCUAAUUCCACAGUGAGACUAAAAUGUGUCCAAACUUUGAAAUCUUUAUUUGCUCAUCCUGACAAAUCAAUUGCUACAGCUUACAUCCAUAGCUUAGCACCAAGGCUGGUUGAAUUUUUGUACACGGACAACGCAAGAAAAAUAUAUUCUGAUGGAGAAUUAUUGGUUACUCUGGAAACAAUAGGUUGUGUCGAAUCCCUCAUUUCUCUGGCUGAACCACAAAAUAGAAUUCAAAUGCUGACACUACUGGUACCAGUUUUGAUCAGUUAUCUACUAGAGGGACAAGCUGUUAAAUGUGCAAAUAAAUAUGCAUUGAAACUUCAUGAAACGAGUCUUCAAUGGUUGAUGAGAAUUGGUCCUCAAUAUUCACAGGAAUUUAAAACACUCAUGACCGAGUGCAGUGAUCUUCGUGUCAAACUAGAAACCGCCAUUAGAAAUAAUCAACAAAAGUCUAUUAAAUUAAAAAAUGAAGUCAACAUGAAUAAGCCUUUAGUGAGCAACGCACCAUCCAUAAAACUGAAAACGGAUUUCAGUAAUUUCUCUUAAGAUAUUGUUAAAUGAACGCGAAUUGUAGCAAUACCUUCAUGUUUUACAACAUCCAAAUAAAAUAUCGAUUUCUUUGUAAAUAUGUAUAAUUUUUAUAUGUUUAUUUAUUAAUAAAAUUAAUUUUUAUCAGUAGAGAAUGGAUGUGAUAACACUUAAUAUAGUAUAGUUUGUAAAUGAAGCAUUUUCAAUUAUCUAUUGCUCUGUCUUCAUAUACUCUCCCAUUAUUAAGGCACUAAAGAACAAUUUUUUGAAAAUGUUUCAUGACGUACUAAUAACGCUGAAAAUAAAUUAACGACUGAAUUGAGGUGACCAAUAAGACUUAUUUCCAUGAGUUUUAUAAUCUUGUUUAAAGUUAAGCUGGAUACUAGAUAUUAUAUAAUUUCCGAUUUGGCUCACUUUCAUUAUAAGUAGAAAUAAAGUUGAUAGCAAAAGCUAUCAACUCAGUGACUGAUUAUAUGGAGUGAAAUGUUCCUCAUGAAUAAUAAUUUAAACUUUUUUGUUACCUCUUUCAUUAUUUUCAAGAUGCGAUCCAUAUAUUCAGAACCAUAUCUUAUGUAUUCAAAAUUUAAAGUGUUAAGACUAAAGUGAUUUUAAUCAGUGCUAAUCAACUAAGUACGAAUAAAAAAUUAGUCAAUAA